AUGCCCCGCUCAUUUUUGGUCAAGAAGAUCAAGCUUGAUGAUUUCUCUUCAUCCAACGUCCCCUCGUCUAACCACCACCACCAUCACCAGCAGCAGCAGCAGCCUCUGGACGACUUCACUUUCACGCGCUCCAUCUCGGACCCUGUGACUACUCUGGGCGUCCGUCUCAGUGAGAAUGGCUACAUCCAGGAUUACAUCACACCAUCUGUGUACCAGGGGGAGAAGAAGCUGGAGCACAGGCUGGUGUCGGACCCUCUGUACAGCCCGGUGAGCGGAGGAGAAGAGUACUGCGACCCCGACCUCAAGCAGCCUGACAGCCCACAGUCCGGGAUGACAGCCAGCGGAUACUAUAGUGGGGAGUCGGAUGGUCCCGCCGAGGGGUACACCAUGGAUGCCUUCUUCAUCUCGGACGGGCGCUCACGGAGGAAGGGCGAUCGCGACCACCGGGGGGCGAGCUCCAGAGAGAGUCCCAGCGAAGUGGUGGCGGAGAGGGUCAGCGGUACGGCGAGACACACCUGUAACGAGUGCGGCAAAACCUACGCCACUUCGUCCAACCUGAGCCGGCACAAACAGACGCACCGCAGCCUGGACAGCAAGAUGGCACGCAAGUGUCCGACAUGUGGGAAGGUGUACGUGUCCAUGCCCGCGCUGGCCAUGCACAUCCUGACCCACGACCUCAAGCACAAGUGUGACGUGUGCAGCAAAGCCUUCAGCAGACCCUGGCUCCUGCAGGGCCACAUGCGCUCACACACAGGAGAGAAGCCCUUCGCCUGUGCCCACUGUGGGAAAGCCUUCGCCGACCGCUCCAACCUCCGCGCCCACAUGCAAACGCACUCUGCCUUCAAGCACUACAGAUGCAAGCGCUGCAAUAAGACCUUCGCCCUCAAGUCCUACCUGAACAAGCACUACGAGUCAGCGUGCUUCAAGGGCUCAGCAGACGAGGACGACUCCGGAUCAGAAAACUAA